AUGGAUAUAAACCAGGUGUCUGCAGAUUUGCAGAACUCUAGAUACAAAAUUUGUAUCUGUGUCUCAUCCGUGAUUCACAAAAAUGGUCCACGGAUAUCUGCAUCCGCAGGUUUAGGAGGAUAUUUCUUUCCAAACAUCUAUUUGUACAAAGAUGUAACAAGUAAUGGGGAAAAAUGCAGAGCUUGGAAGUGCAGUAAUGAUUAUCUUUCCAGUGAGACAUUGCAUUUUAUUAGCAAUGUCAUCGUGGACAGUAUGAUGGAUACGAAUCUUCAAAAGGAUGAUCUCACAGGAACAAUUAAGUUCAUACCUCCCCUGUAUAAACAACGUUACCAAUUCAUUAAAGAUUUAGUGAUUAAAUACAAACCUAAGAAGGUUGCAGACUUGGGAUGUGCUGACUGUACAUUACUCUGGAUGCUGAAAUUCUGCAAAUGCAUUGAGGUGCUAGCUGGGCUAGAUAUCAGGGAGAAUGUGAUGAAGGAGAAAAUGCAUAGGUUGUCUCCCCUUCCUGCUGAUUAUCUGCAACCAAGUGAAAGAUCUCUAACUGUGACCCUGCAUCAUGGCUCAGUUGCUCAUAAAGAUCCUUGCAUGCUUGGUUUUGACUUGGUAUCGUGCAUUGAAUUAAUAGAGCACCUGGAAGCAGCAGAACUGGAAAAGUUUCCAGAAGUGGUAUUCGGUUUUAUGGCUCCAGCCAUGGUUGUAAUCAGCACUCCAAACUCAGAAUUUAACCCUUUGCUCCCAGGAGUGACACUGUUCAGACAUUCAGACCAUAAAUUUGAAUGGGACCGAGCACAAUUUCAAAGUUGGGCAGUAGCUGCAGCUACUAGCUAUAAUUAUACAGUGGAAUUUACUGGACUUGGGACCCCACCACCUGGAACUGAGGAUGUUGGGUUUUGUACCCAAAUAGGUGUGUUUGUGAGAAAAUAUCCAAAGAAUGGUGAAACUGUUAACUCUGAGAAACACACGGAACAUGCUUACAAAACUGUUUUCAAGGCAGUGUACCCAAGUCUUAAAGAUGAAAAGUACCUGCAGAAUGCAGUGGUCAGUGAAGUUCUUUUCGGAGCAGACAUCAUUAAAAGACGACUACUGGGCAAUUUCAAGUCUGAGUGGAAGGAGCAUAGUGAUGGCCUUGAGACAAAAUUCAAAUUCCAGCCAUUUAAAUAUUUCAUGAGGUGUUCAAAGAACCUUUCUCUAGCUGAAACUGAAAAACUUGCUGCUGAUAGAAGCAUGGAGCCAUUCAUUGAUGGAAACACAGUUUAUAUACCUCUGGCAAAAAUCUUUUCUAUUCCCAAAGUGAAUCAACUUUGUGGCACCUUUGAGAAGUUAAGCAAGCUUAUUGCUGGCAAAGUAGCACUGAGCAAUGAUGGUUCUGCUGUGAUAGUCACUAUCGAAUAUGAAAAUGAAGAACAAGAGAAUUAG